CCAUCUUCCGCAGAUUUCGGCGGUUCUUAAUGUAGCUGACCACUGAGAUAAGAAGUCGGCGGAAACUACUAAGGAUGGCCCCCAGGCUAACAUUCUGGUCCCUAGUCCUGUGAGCCGCUGUCUCCCCGGGUGCCAUGGCGGCUCCGCCCGAGGAGUCCAUCGCCGUCGUGGGUCUGUGGUGCCGGUUUCCGCAUGCUGACAGCCCGGACGACUUCUGGAGAGUCCUGAUGAAUGGGGAGGACUGCAUGGAGGAGAUCCCACCUGACCGCUGGAGCCAAGACGCCUGGUACAGUCCAGACAGGGACACACCCGGGAAAACUUUCGUGCAGAGGGCAGGAUUUGUCAAAGGAUACAAGAUGUUCGACCCCAGCCUGUUCGGACUGAGGGACGAGGAGGCAACCCGCAUGGAUCCCCAGCAGCGCUUCAUGCUGGAGUGUUCGUACAAGGCGUUUGAAAAUGCCGGGAUCACAAUGGAGGAACUGCAUGGCAGCGACACCGGUGUCUUUGUUGGCCUAAUGAGCACUGAGUACCUGCUGGAUGGUGACAUAGACCUGACACAAAUGACCAACCACACGAUCACCGGGACAGCCACGUCUCUGUCGGCGGCGCGUGUGUCCUACACCUUUAACCUGACCGGCCCGGCCCUCACCCUGGAUACCGCUUGCUCGUCAGGACUGUACGCCGUCCAUCUCGGGUGCCAGGCCAUCAAGACAGGUGACUGCUCCAUGGCUGUCUGUGGAGGGGUGAGUUUCAUCCUCCGGCCGAACAUGUUCGUGUCGCUGUGCCGAGCCGGCAUGGCCAGUCCGGACGGGCGGUGCAAGCCCUUCUCGGCGGCAGCUGACGGCUACGCCCGCGGGGAAGGAUGUGGAGUCGUCGUGCUGAAAAAGCUGAGCAAGGCCAUAGAAAACAACGAUCACAUCUGGGGCAUUAUCUACACGGGAGUAAACCAGGACGGCCGCACCACCAUCCCCAUCACUGCCCCAUCACAGUCGCAGCAAGAGAAACUACUCCGCGACAUCUUCGAACACUACGGUUUCGACCCGCACCAAAUUGACUACAUCGAAGCGCAUGGAACAGGCACACCCGUCGGGGAUCCAGUAGAAGCCAACAGUCUGGGCAACGUCAUAGGCAAGACCAGAAAGGCUGACGACGACCCCGUGCUCCUAGGGUCUGUCAAGGGCAAUAUCGGCCAUCUGGAGUCUGCCGCAGGGCUAGCCGGUCUCAUCAAGGUUCUUCUGAUGAUGAAGCACAAAAAAGUCGUACCCAAUGUACACUUCGACAGACCUAACCCAAACAUCGACUUUGAUUAUCUGCGACUGUAUGUGCCGACUGAAGUACUGGAUUGGACACUGCGUGGGAAGGACAGAAGAUUAGCUUGCGUCAACUCCUUUGGGUUCGGAGGAUCAAAUUCCCAUGCGCUCGUUGAGCAGUUUCCCCAACACUAUGACGAGUUUCCAGACAACAUUCACGAAGAACAAGGAAAGACGCACAUUGUGGCCGUAUCUGCAAAGAAAAGGGAAUCUUUGAAGUUAUCAGUGGAGGACCUGAUCGCAAAUUUGGAGCAGACCCCAGACAUAUCAAUCGAAAGGCUAGCGUACACAUCGUUGAUGAGGAGAACGCACCACAAUUUCAGGUUAGCUGUGUCAGGUAGCUCUGUUGAGGACAUUAAGCAAUCUUUAGAACAUUCUAUUGCCGGAAUACAAGGCGCAGUACGCACACGGACUAUCAGACGUAAGGGUGACUCCGACCCUGACAAGCGUGUCAUUUUUGUUUUCGGUGGACAAGGGACGUUGUGGGAGGGUAUGUGUCUGGACCUGAUGGACAAAGAGCCCGUCUUCAGGACAAAGCUGACAGAAGUCGAUGGCCUCCUUCGCCAACACGUUGAGUGGUCUCUACUUGAGAAGCUAUCCAGUAAGGAAGACUUCCACGUCCCGAUGGUAGCACAAGCCAUUAUAUUCGCCAAUCAGGUUGCACUUUUUGCGCUUUGGCAGUCGUGGGGCAUCACAUCAGAUGCCAUACUCGGCCAUUCAGUGGGCGAGGUGGCUGCAGCGCAUUGCUCAGGAGCCCUGUCACUACCGGAGGCAGUACGUGUCAUCUACCACCGAGGGCGUCUGCAAAAUGAAGUCACCGGCGGGAAGAUGUUGGUCGUCGGGAAUCUCCCGGUAAAGAAGGUGCUAGACCUGUCCAGUAAGUUCUCGGGUAAACUUGGCUUGGCUGCCGAAAACAGUGCCUCGUCCUGUACGCUGUCAGGGGAGAGUGAUGCAAUAGAUGAGCUACAUGGGAUUCUGAGAAAGAUGAACGAAAACGACCUGGCCGGCCAACUGUUUUUGAGAGAGCUAGGUGUGAAAGCGGCCUACCAUAGCCACCAGAUGGAGCCCAUCCGCGAGGAAUUAGAGCUGGUUCUGAGAGAUCUUAGUGGUCAGACUCCCACUGUGGAGGUAUACUCAACUGUAACAGGGAAGAGAGCCACAAAGGCGGAUUUUGUGACGGGCGAAUACUGGGGGAGGAACGUCAGACAGCCGGUGAUGUUCAAUAGCGCGAUGUCAGAAGCCCUACAUCGGGAAAAAGAAAACAUCGUCGUAGAGGUCGGAGCCAGAGCUGUUCUUAGGAGCAACAUCAAGCAAAUUGCAUCUGAAGUGAAGAUGACCUACGUGGCGUCAGUCAAGCCAAACCAAGAGCAUCCAUCCAUCCUGCGUAGUCUUUGCGAUUUGUAUCAAGCCGGUUUAAUGCCGACCUGGGGUGCUUUCUUCGCAAACAAAACGUACACACCUAUUGAUCUGCCGCGUUACCAGUUUGCUACAAAGCCACUGUGGUUCGAAACCGAAAAGGCCGUAGCUCGACGGCAGGGCCUUGACCUCAGCAGCGGCUUCACUCACCCGUUCUUAGUGCAUGUAUCUGCCAGCCCCCCGUUAUACAAGUGCUCAAUAAGCAAGCAGCGGACCUCUUACCUGUACGAUCACGUGUUGGACGACACAGUUGUUGUUCCAGGCGCCCACUACUUUGAACUAGGACUCGCAGCGUGCACAGAAGUCAUAACGCCGCGACAACCGGUAUCCAACUGCAGGACCAGGGUGGAGUUCCUUGCUCCAGUUACCCUAAGCGGCCAGGGAGGAACGGUCGACAUCCGCGUACUCCUCCAACACGACGAAACCUCAAAACAGGUCCAUUUCGAGGAGCGGACGGAGCGAGCGCUGCAUGCCAGAGGAACAGUGACCUAUGGUCAAGAGAGACAACAGACCAUCGAUAGCUUGGACGUAGAUGACCUACGCUAUCGCUGCAAUAAUACCAUAAGCCACGACGAUCUGUACAACAAGAUAGAAACGACAGGUUUCUACUACGGACCGACGCUGAGACGACUGCGGGAAUGUCGUUACGGAGACGGGCCUGGUGGUAAGGAGGCCAUUGCCCUCAUCGAUAUACAUGACACGGUGGCGAAGGAGAUGCACAGCUGUUGUGUCCACCCCGCUAUACACGACUGUUUGCUACAAGCACACUUUCUACUAGGACUGGACAUCUUACAGAAAGCAGCAGGUCGUCGAGUUAGCUUUCUCCCAGUCUCUAUUGAAAGUGUUGUGGUGGCCAGACCUCCCGAACAACAGAUGUGGGUGUAUGUCACACAAACCGGUAGAGCGGCUGGAACAAUGACAUCAAACGGGGUCAUAGUCGGAACCGACGGGCAGGUUAUACUUGAGCUGAGGGGAUUGACCAUCAGGUUUUGGAAAGAAGAAAGCCCACGUAGCUUUGAAGAUAUGAUCUACACCACAGGAUGGUCAGGACACCCGUCUGACUGGAAGGGGAAACUUGGUCCCGAGCUGAUCAUGAAAACGUGUCAACUCAAGUGUCUCGUCCUUGAGGAUGAAUGUGGGAUCAUGGAGCAUAUCAAGCCACUAGUGAGCCCCGAAUCUAUCUUCAUCUCUCUUCAGGAAAUCAAGGGGAUAGAUUAUAGGAAUGACGAACAGGCCCUGCACAAGAUGCUUCAAGCUGCCAAUGUCAGUCUAGCAGACGUUAGUGUUGUUCUUCAUUGCUGUGGCAUCAGUCGGCUCGAGGCAGAGACGAUGGACACGGAAUCUCUGGAUGCCCGUAUACAACUAGCCUGCGCAAGUCUCCGACAGCUUAUGAAGAUGGCCAUCGCCAACGGAGACCGAUCCCCUCUGAAAAUCGUCACUCGCAAUGCCCAGUUCUCGAUGUGGCAGGAAAUGCCCCCAUCCCUUUUGGAAGACAAGAGUUCCCUCCGUCGUAUAGACCUAGCAGGGACGCCUCUAUGGGGCCUGGUUCGUUGCGCCAUCAGAGAGGUUGCUUAUCCAUCCUUGCAACUAGUAGAAUUGUCGACAGGAGAUCACCGAGAGGCUCAUACGCUUCUGCAUGAACUAGUUGUUGGAGAGUUGAAUGGUUACACCGAAAUCAUGUUUGUGCAAAGUUCAAAAAACUUCUUGGAGAUUCAGUCCUCUACACUGCAUGCUGAAACCGCAAUCUCUCGAACCAAUAUUGGCGAACAUGGGUGCAGACUGAGGAUCCAAACUACCGACACUAUGAAGCCCUUGAAACUCCACGCCGUAUACGAAGGCAAUCUUGACAAAAGUCUUGAUGGAGCUGACGGAAGUGUUGUUGUUAACGUCCAACAGCUACAUGUGCAUCCCGGGAGCUUGUAUCCAGUAACGCGGGAAUCGGGAGAUGGACUUGUGGUGCACUGGUCAGCUUGUAACGAUCAGAGCUGGGACCUUCUUGGAUUGGACUUCGUGGGAACAGUGAUCAAGGUACCCCAGAAGUGCAAACUUCGUGUUGGAGAUCUUGUCGUCGGCGUAUACCCAGCUGUUGCUUCUAUGAUGGUGUCUCUCCCUGUACCAGUAGUCCACAAGUUGGCAGACCUACCAGUUUUGCGUGACAGGCCUUGUCUAUCGUAUUUUGUACUGGCGUGGGAGAUUCUGGUGAACCAACUACACACCAAGCCCAAACAGCGGAUUGUAGUCGUUGACGAACACGCGGAAUUAGUCAUGGCCAAAGUGAUUACAGGCGUAGCUAAUGCAUUAGGAGCAACCUGCCAAAUCACGGCAUUUACAGACGGGCUUCCAGGAAUCCUGGACAAAGAGUACGAUGUUGGAAUCGUCGUUGGGAGCCGAAAGCGGCUGAGAUCUCAGCUGGCAGAUGUCAUCACUACCAACGGUCGCGUAGUGUUUAUUCGCGGGCAGAUGUCGGAUCAACAACGCAGCAGAACACCCUCCCUGUGGAUUAGACCAGACGUCAUGGUCCUGCAGGUGAACACAGCUGCAGUGUUUCAAGAGGCAAACUUGAAGGUGAUCAUGCCGAAAGUGUUCAAAUGGCUUUCACACAGCCUGCCCCAGCACACCAUGAUCCACCUGCCUAUCACCAACACUCGACUUUUAUCUUCCCUGUCACACAAAGGGGAGACUGAUGGUGAUGACGGGAGUGUCGGCGGCGCUUCCCUCCGUGUCCUGCGUCUAGAUGAGCCAGAUCUUCCUGUAAUCUGCACAAGGCAGACACUCUUCCGACAUGAUGCGUCCUACGUCGUUGUUGGUGGCCUCACAGGUUUGGGGUUUCUUACCGUCAGAUUCCUUGCUGAGAGGGGUGCCGGUCACAUAGCAACCAUGUCCAGAAGUCAGCCCAAACAGGACGUCGCUGUAGAGCUCAGCGUUGGAGAAACCUUCGGAACAAGCAUCAUAUGCCUGCAAGCCGAUGUUUCCGCUUACGACAGCGUCAACUAUGCACUUGUCAAGCUCCAGAGUUCAUUUCCCGGAGUUCCACUGAAGGGUAUUUUUCACAGUGCUGUCGUCAUAAGUGAUGGAGUUCUGAUCAAUCAGGACCACGCUCAGUUCCAAAGGGGCAUGGGUGCCAAAGUGUCAGGGACAUGGAACUUACAUCUCGCGACAAGACACCUACACCUGGACUAUUUCGUCGGCUUCUCUUCUGUUUCCUCCGUUCUUGGCAAUGGCGGACAAACAAGCUAUGGCGCUGCAAACGCUGUUCUAGAUGGCGUGAUGCACCUUCGUCGCCAGCUGGGACUUAACGGCCAGGUUAUCAACUGGGGAGCUCUGAAGCUCGGCCUGUUGGAAAGAGACACAAAAGUCGCCAAGUAUUUGGAGCAGAGAGGACUCAUCCCAAUUGAUAAGGACAGUAUUUGCGAAAGCUUGGAGACAUGCCUGGUUGCCAACCCUUCGCAGAUUUCUGUCGUGAAUCUUGAUCGACCCAAGUUUAGGCAGUUUUUACAGAACCUGCCUGACUUCAAGAGGCUGGAAUCGGUUCUUGGUGGAGCCGCGGAGUCAAACCCAGACGACACCGCGCUGGUAACAAGUGUUACUGUCGACAGCUUGAGUAAGAUGGAUAGAAGAGAUCAACAAAAGUCACUCGGGGACUACACACGUCUCGUCUUUGUCAAACUUCUAAUCGCGGAAGACGAAACUGUAAACAUGUACACAUCAGUGGUCAAUUUGGGGAUGGACUCGCAACUGGCUCUCAACGCUCAAAGCAUAUUCAAGAAACAGCUUGAUGUGGACGUACCAGUUGUCGCGUUGCUAAGCCAAGAGCCAACGGUUCAGUCGAUCAGCGACUUAGUCUACGACCAGCUCAGGAAGACGAUGCCUGAAAGUGGCCCCAUUGCACCACCAAGACGAAAGACAAACCGACCGAAGAAAUUUCGAUCAAAGCGGCUCAUAUCGUUUAAUGAUGAGCAUGGGCACCAGGAAAUGCUUCCAACUGACGAUGUUUUAAAGUCUGUUGGUUAUCUCCAUAAGCUCUUUGACAAGCAAGUCUUAAGGACGCCAUCACACACGGCUAUCAUUACAAGUAACAAGACUGUCAGCUAUAGUCAGCUAAAUCAGUCAAUCCAGCAUCUGGUCAGGACACUUGUAGGAUUGAAACAUGGGGAUGGCAAAGUACAACUGAUGAACACGUCUGGUAUUCACAUAACGUCAAUGUCAACAGUGUCCAUGACCCUAAUCGCAGCAAUGCGGUUCAAGUCCGCCCUCAAGGGCAAACAUGAGAACGUCGGUGUCUGUCUGUCAUCAUCAGAAGAGGUACCAUGUGUCAUCCUUGCAAUCUGGAAAGCCGGCUACACCUUCGUUCCUCUAUGUCUUCAAGAGGACGCAGGGCAGCUACAGCAGUUUGUCCGAAGUUGUGACAUACAAGUAAUCGUCGCGGACCAAAACACAAAACCCGAUCUCUUGACAAAACUUGGAUCCCUCAGCGUUGCCAUUGUCACUGUACCUCUGGAACAAACCGGAAUGGAGAGGAAAGAGUCCACACAUUCGCCUCUUAUGCCAGCACGGAAAGCGUUUGUCAUGAGAGACACCCACUCCAACAAGAAAGGCAUUGUGUCCGGUAACCAUGUUGGCUUGCUCAAUCGUCUGACAUGGAUGUGGGACCAUCUACCUGUCCGAGCAAAUGACGUAGGGUGCCUCACAUCACCAAUAACCUCCGUAGAAGCUCUGUACGAAAUGUUCAUGCCCCUUCUCGUCGGUUCUCCACUGCUCAUCCUUCCCGAUUCGACAGUGAAUAACCCAGCCAUGUUACUGACCGCCCUGGAGGAGCAUCGGGUCACCAGGAUGGGAGGAAUUCGCAGUGAAGUGUGGGAGGGCAUCUUACAAGAGCUGCAGUCUCAGCCUGGCUAUCAUCUUCCCCUGACUCAUGUUCUUCAACCAGUAACAGCGGUUGAUGAAAGCCUAGCCUCACGCCUACAGAAGGUUCUACCUGACACCCAACUGACCGUAAUGCUCAGUAGCCUCCAUGCAUACUCGGCUGUGCUGUACACACAGGACCACCUGCAAGAGGACCAGCCGAGCUUAGACCUUGUUCACAAGACAGCAACGCACAUAUUGGAUGAACAUGGGAGGUGCCUACGGCCCAACCGAGUAGGUGAACUGUUUAUCUCGGCACCAGGACUGCUGAACACGGAUAAAGUUGUGACGGAUCAGGACGGAGGGCCCGUGCAUGGUGACGACGUGGUCGGCACAGGGCUUCAGGCGUGGAGGAGAGAGGACGGGGCGAUUCAGCUGUGGGGGGAGUCAGAAAUGAUCAACCCGCCAGGCGUCGACGAUAAGGCACGGACUGACGGACUGGAGACUACUGUACAGGGAGAAUACGAGCGGCAUAUAAUGGAAAUGAAAAGAGGUACAUCAUUCAUAAAGAAGACCGCGAAGUUUGGCGAACACAGGCGGUUUGUACGGCUCCAUCUUGACCCCUCCAACCCAACACAUGCCGCCAUUUCCUGGGGACCGUCCAAGCAGCUACAGACGGGAUCACUGCCUGUUCGGGAUAUCACCGGAAUUCACACAGGGGAGUCUACCUUGGCCGUGUUCACCACCAAGAGAACGUACCACUUUAAGACCACUGAUGCGGAGAAGUUAGAGCUGUGGACAGACGGACUGCAGCAUCUCCAAGCGGCAUUGCAAUGACUGGGCAAACUUCACUAAUUGAUUCACACACUCAGGCUCAUACAUCAUACAUUAAUACAUAGCAACAUUACUGGUCAAAGAUAUUCUCGCUACGACUUAAAUGUAAACAACAAAAUGGAAAUAAUCUUGACUUGUGUAUGAUACUGAUUACGAGACAAAAUACCUCACAGCAUAUGUAUUCAGCUUGUAUUGAUACAACAUAAAGUAAAGAUCCAAAUCUUAUUUGUCUCGCAUUGACCUAGCUGUACAUUCCUUGAAACACUUGAGAAUUGAGAAGUAAAGUAAAUCCUGUAGAUUUGGGAUAGUAUCAACAAUGUUCAGUAGUCAACAGUUACAUUUAUACGCUAAAGGUAAACGGUGUUUUGUUUUGAAAGGGGUCGGUUAUUGAAAAGGCACAGGGAUUUGGUUACAAAUAUUACAACGGACAAUGUUACUGUUAGGGUUGUAUCGUGAAGGCAUGCAUCGCGCAACUUAGACAUAUUGUAUUGAAGCAUUUUACAUGUAUGUAAGUAGCCAAAGGUGACAGUUUUAUAUCUUUACAUAUUAUGAGGUUGUCAAGGUCUACGGGUGCCUUACGGUCGUCAAUGAAAGCAAAGGUUCACAAUAAACAGAUACAUGUCAUCUCUUGAAUUUC